AUGCCUACCAUUGGCGCAUUCAUUAUUCUUUUUGGAUACGUGCAGCAAAUAGAUGGCCACCCUGAUUCACUGCUGAUUCAUUACGUCACAGACCGACAGAAGCAGCAGCUACGCGGGAAUUCAACGAGCUCCGGUGCUGGUGAAGCGGCGUCGCACUGGGCGACCCUCAAAAUGAUGAUGGCCGAACGCGCAGCUCACUGCUUGGCCAAACUUGGCCUGGACGCUGCCGCAACUACCACCGCAACCACCACCACCACUACCAACACUUCCACCACAAACAGCAUACAGCCGGAAACAAGCGAAUCACAGAAUGUGAUAGCCAGCACGGAUUCAACAACUACCAUAUCCUCCACAACACCGAAUGACCUGGUCACUCCGUUCGGUCAUCAUCGAAGGUUCCGCUAUUUUUACCCAUUUCAGUCUCAAAAUCGAAAUGCCUCUGUGCAACCAAUGAAAGAACUAUAG